GUGUGUGUGUGUGUAUCAUUGAACUCUUCCUGGUUCACUUGUUUUCAGUCUUCAGUUUCUCUCUGUGGAGUUUCUUCUUCUCUUCCAGCUGCUGAUCGAUCUGCUGGUCGAUUUGCUGACUCAUCAUGCUGAUAAACUAACACCCGGAGCUUUCAGCCGCGAGCUUCGUUAGUGUUUGUUAACUAGCACUGACUCGUCGGUCAGCUAGCGGAGUGCUAGCGGAGUGCUAGCGGAGUGCUAGCGGAGUGCUAGCUGUAGCAGCCCGGUCAUUAGCAGGUAUGUGGGCGUCCUGCUGUAACUGGUUGUGUGUGGACUCGGCUGAUGUUGAGCAGUCUGGCGGCGGCGAGCGACGUCAUCAGUCCUACGCUAACUCGGCGUUCAGCAGCCAGCCGUCACCUCCGCCUGAACACACCUGUAAGGCCUGCGGGGGGCGCCUCGACACUCCCGCCAAGAAGCAUGUGUGUGUGGACUGUAAGAAGAACUACUGUAGCCGCUGCUCCGCCCAGCUGGAGCCCCGCCCACGCCUCUGCCACACCUGUCAGCGUUUCUAUGGUAACCUGUUGGAGCGGGCAGAGCUUAUGAAGCUGAAGGUGAAGGAGCUCAGGGACUACCUGCACCUGCACGAGGUCUCCACCCACCUGUGCAGAGAGAAGGAGGAGCUGGUGGAGCUGGUUCUCAGUCAGCAGUCCUCACCAUCCAGCAGCUCUGCCCCCGAGACUCCAACAUCCGACCCCACCUCUGUGACCUCUGACCCCCCUGACCUGACCCCUCACAUAUCCACCUUGACCCCUGAACCCCUCUCACCCACCCAAACCCCUGACCCCUCUGCUGUACAGCCCGAAGUCCCGUCCCCACCUACAGAGACCACCCCCGCCGAGCUGGACGCUCAGGACGAAGACCAGACCUGGGACCCCGAGGAGGCUCCGGUCUCGGGCUCCAGGGCAUCUUUGUCGGACCUGAGCUGUCUGGACGACAUCGAAGCGCUCAGCGUCCGCCAGCUGAAGGAAAUCCUCACCAGGAACUUCGUCAACUACAAAGGCUGCUGUGAGAAGUGGGAGCUGAUGGAGCGAGUGAGCCGGCUGUACCAGGACCAGCAGAACCUGCUCGCUGCCAAUGCUGUGGACCCUUCAGAGGCCGGCGGCGGUGCUGCAGGUCUGGAGGAGAACCUGUGUAAGAUCUGUAUGGACUCUCCCAUCGACUGCGUCCUGCUGGAGUGCGGUCACAUGAUCACCUGCACCAAGUGUGGGAAAAGGAUGAGCGAGUGCCCGAUCUGCCGCCAGUACGUCGUCCGAGCUGUCCACGUCUUCCGGUCCUGAACCCGACCUGACGCCAGGAGCAAUAAACCUUCCUGAAGGGACCUUCUGCACACACAGAAGCUUUAUUUUUCUAGUGUAAAUAAGAUGCUGUUCAGCCAUAUGAAGAUUGUAGAAGUGACCUUAUCAGCCUUCAGACUGCACAGCUGCUAUUGGAUACAAAUACUGAAUGUACAGAUCAAUAACAUCUCCGAUUGAUCACCUUUAACCUUUGAACUCUCCGUGCCUUCAGCUGCUCGUCCUGCUCCGUCUGUCCUCAAAGAUCACAGGUGUUCAAAUUAAACUUUAUUCAGAGGACGCUGCAGGUGGGCGGAGCUCUACCAAAGACAGAUUAGCCUUACCUGCACAGGUGAGGCAGCUGCAUCACCUUUAAAUUAUAAACAUGUUCUUAAUCCACCCUUCAAUCUGUUUACAGUCUGCACACAGUUUACUCUGGAAAUUAUUCCCACAAUGCAUCACUCAGACAGCAGAGGGUAAUGGUGCAGGUGUUAAAGCUGUCAGAUAAUCGUUAUAACCUCUGACCUCUGACCCCAGCCUCAGGUGAUGGUGCUACACCUGUCACUCACACUUUUACCUUCAGAUGCUCAGGUGAGUCAGAUCUGUCCUGAACGCUUCAGAUCCUCCACGUCACAAACUGCCUUUAAAAACUUCAAAAAACAACAUUUAAAACAUUUGUUAAUUCGAGUUAAAGGAGCAGAGCGACGCGUUGAGACGUGUUCAGCUACAGUUCUUAAACUUUAACAGUUUGGGUUUGAUUUCCACACCUGAGCUGCUUGACCUCUCGGACUGAUGCAGAGACCCUGCGGACGGUUUAAUGUCACUUUACUGAUUCAAAAAGUCUGAACAACAAUGAAGAUUUGACAUAAAAUGAAUCCAGACUUCUCAAAACUCAAGUUCCAAGACUCUUCUAAUAAAGAACUGCUGCUGUUUUACAGUGAAAUAGAACCAACAAACACACAGUUCAACAUGUGACAAGCUUCAUUUUACAGCUUUCAUUUUCUACUAAUUUCCUGGAAAAUUUCAGAGUAGUUUGCAGGUUAAUUAACAGUUAAUUUUAAUCCAUUUUGAGGACUUUUUACAGAGAGCGGUGCAUUAUGGUACAAAUUAUAAAAUAGGAAAAAAGGUUAUUUUGGUUGAGUUGUAGUUCCAUAUGCUGCUUUUUCAACAGUUUCCUCAUUCUUAAUGUAAUUUGAUAAUAUGUGAGAAAUGUGCUCAUUAAGUAGUUUUUAAGAAAGAAUCUAAAACACCAAUACUAAUAAAAACUAAGUAUUUUCAGUCAAUUAUUAAGAAUUUUUACAAAUUAACAAUUAAGAAUCUAAAUAUAAUUAGUUUGUUCUUAAUUAAACCAACUUAACUCUUUUUUUCCGUUUUUUCUCAUAAUUUGCACCAAAUUGCACAAACAUCUGUUAAAUACCUGCAAAUUACUUAGAACGUCUCGAGGGCUUUGUUAUGAAAUAAAAGGGGCUGUAAAAUAAAGUUUCUAACAAUUAAUGAAUAAAUAUUUCUGUAGAUUUUAAAGUAGCAGAUGCUUUUAAGGAAAUUCCAGUUUGCACCAAACUACAGCACUUAAAGUGAAUAAACAUGUAGAAAAUCCAAAUAAUAAAAUUAUUUUGGAGAUGAAACUGAUAUUUAUCUUCUCAUCUGACUCUGGAAGAAGAUGGAGAACAAGCAGAUUUACAGAAACGUUUCUUUAAAUCAGUUUAAUAGAAACUUGAGAGGCUCCGCGACGCCUCCCUGAGGAACUCCACAUGUUAUUAAAGAGGAUUUAUUCAACUUCACCAGCAGCAACUUCAGCAGUCAAACUCUUUGGUUUGAAGUUGAGUUGUGUCUUUGUUAUAACUCUGAUUGCACUAAACUGUCGAAACAUUUUGAGCUUCUCGUUUUGUUUUGGAAGAAGGUGUUUAGAUGCAGGGUUAGCGUUAGAUAUUUUAUGGAGAGAUAUUUUGUCCUUUUUAUUUUUCUUGAAGUUUUUGUUCCUGUGAGAUCAUUAAGUUUUGAUUUUUGUUGUGAAUAUUUUUUGAUUUUGUUGUGAAAUGAUGAUUUGUGCUUUGGGAUCACACAUUGAAUCUGUAGUUUUUAGCCUUUCGGUCGUAGCGGGAUCAUGGUGAACUGACUUAAAGUGGACUUUGAUCUACGUGAAUAACGUCACGAUCGCAGCACUGUGAGAGUUUUAAAUGACCAAACUUCCAUCAGACAAUAAACUCCUGAUGAUCCUGUCCUGUUUCUUUCAGGUACCUGUUAGCAUCGUUAGCUGUCUCCACUGAGACCAACACGGCUGGAAGCUAACAUGCUAGCAUCCAGCAGCCUUUAGUCUCAAUGAGAAACACUAACUCUGAAUGUUUUAACUCCUCACUUUAAUCACAGUUCAUGUACUCUGUGAUGAUUUUUUAAACUUCACUGAAGUCUGUUAAUCAUGGAAAUGAAGAGAAAUACAAGAAACUUUAGUUUUCUGGGUGAACUUUGCUGAAUUAUUUUGUAAUAAAACUGAUUGUCUCUCA